AUGGCUACCGGGAAAACAGAAAAGGCCCGCAGAGUUCGUCAGAACGACCUGCGGGAUGGUAACCUUAGGGUGAAGGGAGAGAACUUCUACAGAGACGCCAAGAAGGUGAAACAUCUGAACAUGUACAAGGGAGGAAAGGCCGUUAGAAAUGCCAAGGGAGAGGUGAUUAAGGCUGCGUAUUUGCAAGACACCAAGGCCCCAACGGCAAGAGUCGAUCCAAACAGACGGUGGUUCGGCAACACUAGGGUGAUUGCCCAGGACGCCCUGUCGCAUUUCAGAGAAGCCAUGGGCGACAAGAAAGACGACUCGUACACUGUCUUGUUAAAAAGAAAUAAACUGCCAAUGUCACUUUUGGACGAGAAAGAUACCGCGGAGUCGCCGAGCGCGCGGAUUCUGGAAACAGAGUCGUUUGAGAAGACGUUUGGGCCAAAAGCCCAGCGCAAAAAACCAGCUGCCGUGGCCGGGUCGUUGGAAGAACUGGCUCAGGCCACUAACGACGACCAGACCAAGUUCGAGGAGAAACAGGACCUCAAUGCGACUCUUGGACUGAUGGGCGGCGUGGAUACUGACGAAUUUAGCGCAGAGGCCAAGGAGUUCAUUUUCUCCAAAGGUCAAUCAAAAAGAAUCUGGAACGAAUUAUACAAAGUCAUUGACUCUUCCGACGUGGUGAUACACGUUCUCGACGCUCGUGAUCCGCUGGGAACACGGUGUCAGUCUGUUGAACAGUACAUCAAGAAGGAGUGUCCUCACAAGCAUCUGAUCUUUGUGUUGAACAAGUGCGAUUUGGUUCCCACAUGGGUUGCUGACGUUCUAUUUGUCAAUAUGGUUUGUCUGUUACAACUUUGGGAGAUUGAUUUCGCCAAUUACUGCGUUAUUUCGUUUUGGAAUGGCGCGGUAGCCUGUUGUGCUCCGUUUUGGAGCCAACGCCCUGGUGGUUUGGGACUUUAUGAGUUGAACGAGUCUGAGACAUGGCUUUUUCGUAGUAAAAGACCCUACAUUCGAACAACAGCAAGCUGUUUUCCUUUACUAACAUUUCAGGCUGCAUGGGUGAAGCAUCUUUCCAAGGACUAUCCGACUCUUGCAUUCCACGCGAGUAUCACCAAUUCUUUUGGUAAAGGUUCGUUGAUCCAGCUUUUGCGUCAGUUUUCGGUGCUGCACCAGGACAGAAAACAGAUCAGUGUUGGGUUCAUUGGGUACCCAAACACAGGAAAGUCCAGUAUUAUCAACACGCUCAGAAAGAAGAAGGUUUGCAUGGUGGCUCCUAUUCCUGGAGAGACCAAGGUUUGGCAGUACAUUACUUUGAUGAAACGGAUCUUUUUGAUCGAUUGUCCGGGGAUUGUGCCGCCGUCCACAAAGGACACCGAGUCGGACAUCUUGUUCCGUGGCGUGGUGCGGGUGGAGCACGUUUCGAACCCAGAACAGUUCAUUCCUGACCUGCUGGCCAAGUGCGAACGCAAGCACCUGGAAAGAACGUACGAGAUCAAGGGCUGGAACAACUCGACCGAGUUCAUCGAGCUGCUUGCGCGCAAGAACGGGCGGCUGCUGAAGGGCGGCGAGCCAGACGAGACCGGGGUGGCCAAGCAGGUGAUCACCGACUUCAACCGUGGUAAGAUCCCGUGGUUUGUGGCUCCGCCGCAGGACACCGAGGAGCGCACGGGCGAGGACAAGAAGGCCGGGUACAAGCGCAAGCGCGCGGAGCGGGAGGAGCGCGCAGAGGCCGCCGAGCAGGCCGAGUACGAGGCCGAGCAGGAGCACGACCUGCUACCAAAGAAGCAGAAGGUGUGA